AUGACCACGGCUACUGGACAUCUACGUCUGGAACUCACGGCAUCCAACUACCUGGAGCUUCAUGUCAAGACCAAUAUCAGUGCUCAAACUGUUUUUCUCAAUAUGGGAGUCACCAGAAUCGUCAGUUUCCAUCCAAAAGUCGACCAGGAAUCCAUUGAAGUCACCUUCUCUCAAAGAGGAGGAUAUUCGCAAAUGAACGUCUACAAUUUGAAUGCUGCUGGAGCAAUGACUCAACAGACCAUUCUUUUCUCGGAUAUCGUACUCAUGAUUCAAUCGGUUUUUGAAUGCGAUGAUGGAUUCAUUGGAGAGAAUUGCCUAGAGGUUUCCACCACAACCACCACAACCACGACGUCAUCCACAACCACUACGACUGAAGGACCAACGACUACCACCGCCCCAAGAACAACUUCAUCGAAAAAAUCGCCAGAAAUGCCAACUGCCAGCGCUUUCACCGCCUCUUUUUCUACUGACACCAUCAUCUGUAUCACUUUCUCGAUCUUCAUUGUUGUGCUUCUAAUUCUCAUUGUGACUCUUUACCUUCGACGCCGCCAACAAAGCAUUUACAUCCAACCUCAUACACCAGCCAAAAAGACCUACAUCGAUCCCGAGGAUUCCGGAAUCUACUCCCCAGAAAGCAACCGAUACACUGGAUCUCCACAUCUACAAUGCUAA